ACAGUGUAGUGUGUUCGUUGCUAGUGUUGUGUGAUGCUUCGUUAGUUUGGCAGGACACACAAUAACGAUUCAGUGUUACAGUGAUGACCAGCUCCAUCAUCUUGAAGGAUUGAUGAUGGGUGUUGCGGAGAGAGGGAGAACCACCACCGCCGCCGCCACCGACACCACCACCACCACCUGCCUGCUGCCUUGCCCUCUGCCUUAGUGACGGUGGGAAUGUCUCCGUGCGACCCCCAAUGGACCUCUCACCAGACCUCGGCCCAAGCAGCCAGCAACUGACCAGGAGUGGAAGUCAUGCCCGCAGCCUCUCCGUGUCCGACCUGUCCCUGGCCUCCCCUAUGCCAGAGACGGUCAACGAGGCCAUCGUCAACGGCACCUAUGACAGGAACCUCAACAAGGAGAUGGCCAUCAACCGGAACAAUGCAAGUGCUGUGGUGUGCUGGAGUGAGCUUCCCCGUAAGUCCUACAGUCUGCCCCACCGCUACAAGGCCCACAUCAUCGGGGGCUGGCGGGGGCUGCCCAGGGAGUACGCCGACCGCCCCCCAGCCCCCCAGGUCUCUCCCUCAGAGUUCAAGCACCACUUCACGCUCAUGAGGCAGUGGUUCAACAGGUUCACCGAUGAGCAGAAGAACCGGGUGCUGGCGGAACUUCUGGAGCACAUCGGCCCCAGUCAGCUGCAUCUCCUGUCGGUGGCCAUCGGCAGUCGUCUGCACCAUGGCUGUCCCCCCAACUGUGAGGACCCCAUCGGCUGGCUCCCCGUCGGCCUGGGACUCACCGUAUUCUCCUACCUCGACCCUGUGUCCCUCGCCCAGGCCUCACAAGUAUGCAAGGCGUGGCACAGUCUGGCAUCACAGGACUGUCUAUGGAGGAGUCUGUCCCUCCAGCGCGAGUGGCAGCUCACCCCCUCGUCCCACCUCAAGCAGCUCAGCCGGUGCACCCUCCAGGAUGGCUCUGUGGACUGGAAGCAGGUGUUUGUGGAGCGCUAUCGGCUGCACCGUAACUGGCUCGGGGCCCACUGCCACGUGCGAACGUUUGAGGGCCACACUGAGGGAGUCUCAUGUGUCCAAUUUGACGACCACCGCAUUGUGUCCGGGUCCCACGACAACACUAUCAAGGUGUGGAACAUGCGGACCAAUUCGCGAUGGUCGGUCCAGACGCUGGUGGGCCACUCCAACAUGGUGCGCUGCCUCCACCUGGCCGGGAAUAGGCUGGUCAGCGGCUCUGCGGAUGCGACCAUUAAGGUUUGGGACGUGGAGGAGACGAGUCAGUGGUCAUCCAUCAACUGUAAGGUCACCAUGAUAGGCCACUCGUCCACUGUCAGGUGUCUGCAGGUGGUGGGGGAGCGUGUGGUGAGCGGCAGCUAUGACCACUUGGUGAAGGUGUGGGCCCUGGCCUCGGGGGAGUGUCUCCGCACCCUCGCCGGCCACCAGGAGCCUGUGCUGACCGUGGCCUUCGACGACGACAAAAUUAUCUCUGGGGCAGCCGACAAAACCAUCAAGGUGUGGCAGCUAGAGUCGGGGCGCUGCCAGAAGACGUUGGUUGGCCACGAGGAUGGAGUUACAACGCUCACCUACGACCAGACCACCAUCAUCUCCGGCUCCCUCGACUGCACCAUACGGUUGUGGAGUCUGGCCACGGGGCAGUGUGUGGGUGUGCUGGAUUGGAUGUCCAGCGAGGGGCAUACAGGUGUGAUAAGGUGUCUGGCCGCUGACUCCAGGCGCAUUGUGAGUGCUUCCGACGACAAAACCAUAAAGGUGUGGGAUCGAGACUCUCGGCGUCGACUUGUGACCCUGCGGAACCAUACGGACGGGGUCACCUGCCUUGCCUUCAACGACCACGUCAUUGUGAGCGGCUCCUACGACAAGACUGUCAAGCUGUGGGACUUCAGUGUCUGCUAAUGACUGACUGACUCCUAACACCUCCUUUGGUCCUUAGUGUGUCUCUGCUCUUCUAGCCCUGUCCUAGUCCUCUGUAAUCUCAUAUCACCUCUGCUGGACCUAUAUAUGUAGCUGCUUUCCUAACCUUGUCCUGAUAUUCUGUAGCCUCUCAAGUUUUAACCCUUCUUCCUUUUCCUCUAAUGCUCUAACCUCUUCUAUUAUCACUUCUCCUAGUAAUGCUGUAACCCCCUCUAUUGCCGGGGGGCUUCGUGGUGCAGUGGUUAGCACACUCGGCUCACAACCGAGAGAGCCUGGGUUUGAUUCCCAGGUGGAGUGGAAAAAUUAGGGCGGCUUUUCCGAUACCCUACGCCCCUGUCCACCCAGCAGUGAAUGGGUACCAGGUAUUAAUCGGGGGUUGUGUCCCGUAUCCUGGGAUCUGUCUGUUCCCUUCUCCUAUAAUUCCUUCCCCUCCCGUCUCUCUCCGGCAUACGACCACAGAUGUUGCGCCGACUAAACGAAACUUUUCAAACUUUCCCCCUCUAUUGCCUCUGUUAUCUGCUAUAUUUAUUUUCUUUUUUAAUGGGAAAGGAGGCAGCUCAAGGGCUAAAAAUAAGAAGAAACAAAAAAGCCCACUGUCACUGCUCCUGGAAAUGUGUGCGGUGAAAGGGUUACCAAACAGAGAGGCCAGAACCCUUAUUCUCAAAUGUAUCAAUGCCACUGUGCGCCUGUUUGAAAAGCCUCUCGUGGAAAUUAUUGAGGUUUUCAUGGAGUGUUUUGCGAUGGUGGUGAUAGUUUUACACGGCUUCUGCUAUUGAACAGGGAGAACAGGGAGAAAGUUGGAAGCUCUUCUGCCGUGGCCAUCCCCUGGUGGGAGCUCCUAGGGGCAGGCGUCGAUGAAAUGAUGAUGAUGAUGAUGAUGAUAACACCCAUGAAAACCGGUUAAUCUUCUCUGUGGCCUUGGAAAAUAGUUGUAAUGGGAGUCCGAUACAUUUAAGAACAUGGACCUGGUGCCAUUUGGAAAGGUGGCUGGGUUGAGGAGCAGGAUAGAUUGUUGGACCAGGAGGAGCAGGAAUUACGUAUGAUAUUUUUUCCCCUCUAUUCCCCACGAGACUUGAUGGCAUAUCCGGUUCCCCGACGCAAGUGCUUGAUUUCCUUGUAUUGCUGAAGGUUUUGGCGCUCCCAGAUGUGUGUUAGGUUUGGGUGGAGUGUUGCGCUCUCUUGCUCGGCACCUUGUUUAUCCUGUUGUGAGUUUGCCCUAUUGUUUUUUUGUUUUUGUUUUUUUAUGUCUACGCCUAUAUCGCCGGUAGGCUUGCUUGAGGGGCCUGGAUGGUAGUUGGCCCCAGCCCGUCAUGGCGCAGGCAAGUGUUUAUAGUGGUGCCAUCUUCUCUGUGUGUUGGUCUUUCACUAAGGAUGUGCGUAGAGAGCAUGUCCAGCUUGCAAUUUCAUCACGACACAUACAAAUACUGUUCUCAUUCUGUUUCCAAACCAUGACAGGCAGAGCAAUGCAUAUGUAAGAAUUAUCGUCUCAUUUUUGUGCUUGUCCUGCCCUUGUAAUGUUGAGACAGGCUGAGAAUCCUUCAUCCGGAAUGCUAAAACCGUGAAGUGUGUAAAAGCUGGUAGUUUUUGAGGCCUUACAUCAGUGCCACAAAGGGUUUAAACAUAUCAGUGGGUGGUGGGUUACUGUAGUGUACCCUUGAAGUCUACUGUUCCUCCCUCACUUUUUCAGUCUUUUAUUAGGCAAGCGCGGAGUGGAAAAAUUUGGGCGGCUUUUCCGAUACCCUACGCCCCUGUCCACCCAGCAGUGAAUGGGUACCAGGUAUUAAUUGGGGGUUGUGUCCCAUCUCCUGGGAUCUGUUCCCUUCUAUAAUUCCUUCCCCUUCUGUCUCUCUCCGGCAUGUGACCACAGAUGUUGCGCUGACUAAACGAAACUUUCCAACUUAAUAGGCAAGUGUUAAGAUUGUGAAGAUUGUGUUACUUGCCGAAACAAACUUAAUACCCCACCAAAAGUUACAUGAUGAAAAUUCUGAAAUCUAAAACUCUUCCGGUCCCAAGCAUUCUCGGUAAAGAAUUCUCAACCAGCGUAAUGAAUAUAUAUCAAUAGAAUUCACCAUAUGCUUCAGUAGGGUCUUGGUCUUCCUCUAUGAAUACACCGACGGACAUUUUCCAGAUAUAGAAACUAGGGUAGAUGUUUUGUGCUGGUUUUCAUAGUCUGUUGAACUUGUGACAAUAAACACCCAGCCAAUAGAAAUAACUUGGGUAUAGUUUCAUCAUAAUGGUAAUUGGUCGGGUGCGUCGUUAGGGGAUCUCAGUACAAGGAACGGGAUUUUACUGUUCGAAUAGUGUAGGAAUCGUCUUUUCUUCUUCUUCUUCUUCUUUUUUGUUAGGCGUCCUUAUGGGGUUGGAUGAGCUAUGAGUCUCACCCACUCUUGGCAAUCAUAUACUCAUUUUAUUUGUGUUAUUAAUUUAUCUUGUAUUAGUAAUGUACUGUAUUGAGAGUGUACAGUUUAAGAGGUUUCCAUGAAUGUCUGAAUGAGUAACAAGUAGACGUUUUUAGUUGUUUGCUGUUAAGAGCGAAGAGAAGGUUAACUUAGUGCAAGAAGACGCGAUUUUAUUUCUGUUUUGCCGUUGCCUGAUGUGUGAAGAUCAGGUUCAUUUAGUGCAAGAAGACGCGACAAGCCAAUUCAACUUUUGUUUUGCCGUUGCCUGAUGUGUGAAGUUCAGGUUGAUUUACUGCUGCAAGACGCGACAAGCCAAUUCAACUUGUGUUUUGCCGUUGCCUGAUGUGUGAAGAUCAGGUUCAUUUAGUGCAGGAAGACGCGAUAAGCCAAUUCAACUUGUGUUUUGCCGUUGCCUGAUGUGUGAAGAUCAGGUUCAUUUAGUGCAGGAAGACGCGACAAGCCAAUUCAACUUGUGUUUUGCCGUUGCCUGAUGUGUGAAGAUCAGGUUCAUUUAGUGCAGGAAGACGCGAUAAGCCAAUUCAACCUCUGUUUUGUCGUUGCCUGAUGCAUGAAGAAAGGGUUAAUUUACUGCAGGGAGAUGUGACAAACCUAUUCAACUUCAUAUCUGUUCUACCAUUGCCUGAUGUGUAAAGAGGUCAAGUUACUGCAGGAAGGUGUUAGGAGCCAAUUCAUCUUUAUUUAUGUUUUGCCAUUGUCUGAUGUGUGAAGGGAAGGUUAAUUUACCGCAGGAAGACGUGCAAGCCAAUCCAACUCUACUUCUGUUUUUCCGUCGGCAGUCUUGUGCUAAGGGAACCUGGAUAUGCCCCACAGUUACAGCCCCAAUUUAUACUGACUCAGAUCUCUUUAGCUUUAUGUGACGUGCUGCCAUGUAUUCUACCAAGAUUACUCUACAAACGAACCUACUCCUUGAGGUUACAAUGCAUGAAGAAGACAAUAAUAGGCCAUGAUUUUGAAUGUUUAUCGUGCAGAAUAAGUUGGGGUAAUGAAUUCCUUGUGAUAUUGUUCUCAGUCCUCCCCGCGGCUAGACGAUUUGAUGAUAUUUCUAGCGUCUAUGAAUGUUCGUUAGUUUGCAUGGUGUGUAUAGUGAGGGUCCUGCAUGCCCCUGAUGUGUAUGUGUGUGUGUGUGUGUGUGUGUGUGUGAGUGUGUAUGCAUAUGUGUGAGUGUAUGACUCACCACGGCCUGAUCAUGUGCUGGACUCGUGAUCGCCAGCAAGUACCUGCAUGUUGAGAGCAUAUCAGAGCUUAGCCGAUCUCUGGGUACUGCUGGGGCCUUCACGCACCACACGCCCGCCCCUCUUGCUCGAGGAGGGACCGUAACUGCUCCUUGUCAAUGUGAAAAUCUUUAGGCUUGAGCAGGGCUUGAACCUCAGCCUGCCAGUGUGGAGCCUGAUGGGGCAGAGCCUUAGUCCACUGUGUGUGUGUGUGUGAGUGUGUGUGAGUGUGAGAGAUUUGCUCCAGUUGUUACAGGUUAAUUUGAUACAGUUAGCAGUAGGUGCCACAUGUACAUAUUUAUUUCGUCUUGUGUAGACUUUCUGUGCAUCAUAAGUGAAGCCGAAUGCUUAGAAAAUAUGCUUUAGGUUUUGAGUGAGUCAUUUUUGGCUUUCGUUUAGCUUUGCCGGUGACCCACGGUGAGACAAACAUUCUGUGAGAGACAAUUAUGGCGAGUGUUUCAUCCCAUGGCCAGACGAGUGUGCCGUGUGCAGCCUACUGGACUAAACAAAGUUGUAUCAUUGCCUACGAGCCUGUGAGCAAGUCUGCUUGAGUGUGUAAACUUAGUGUAUAAACAGUGUUGUGCAGCUGAAGUAAAUACUGGGUGGCAUCACGUGUCACGGGGACUGUGAGGCCACGGAGGCGGAGAGUGACGGACAGUGAUACGACUCAUGGAGGUGCAGUGAGGGUGAUCCAGUUCUCCUGGCGUGGAGUGUGAUGGUGUUCACAGCGAUUCUAUUUGAUUCAGUAUUUUUGAUGUUUGCUGUUAUUGGUCCAUCUUGUAUUACUGAGCUAUGAGUCAGUUGGGUUCAUGGCAACUAAUGACAUAUAGGAAGUAUUGCAAUAUAUAUUUUUUUAGUGUGUUGAAGGGGCUGGUACAUGUUGCUUUCAACUUAGAAAAUCUAUGUCUCAAUUGCAUACACUGUAUGCCGUCAUUCUUCUUAAGGCAGUAAAUUAAGUCAGUUGUUUAUCAGUAAAUUUCAGGCCAUAGACAAUAUGAUGUUUAUUAAAUUUUAAUGUUAAGUUAUAAUAUAUUGGAGAACUAUAUCGGGAAACAUUUGUGCUGCUGAGUAAUGCGUUGCACAGUUCCCACUCUGUGUGCUGUCCAGGAGAUUGUUUGUACAAGCCCUUCCUCCCUCCCUUAGCCUUGGUUCAUGUAUCACACUUAUGUUUAGGGACAACAGGUUGUUAUGUGAUCAUAUGUAUACCAUUUCACAAAUGUCGUGGGCCACAUAUAUUAUUAGUAGCUGCCCACACACAGUAAAACCUCUUUUUAACAGGCAAAGUUGACCCAGGACUAGCCAGGCUCAUGUGGGUGUGGCAGAGUGGCGGGGCGUGGCGGCAGGUCUGUGCUCCGUGUGUGCUCGUACCAGUGACUGAAGUGCCUGUGAGGGGCGGUGUGUGUUCAGGGACGGUGUUGUCAGGGAGAGUGUUUCGGGUGAUGUGUUGCGCCGGCCAGUGGCUGUUCGUGCCGUCAGUCAACUACGUGAAGGAAACGAUUGUGUGGUGGUCCUAAGCUUCCAUUGGAGUGCCUUUCUCCAUGAUUAGUCUGUUCAGGGGAGGUUUUACUGCUCUACAAGGGAAGAGUGUGCGUGUGUGUGCGAGUGUGUGUUUCCGAGUCCCAUGCCAGGUUGUGUCUCUAGGGGUAGCCUUGGACUGUUAGUGAGGGUCCAGACAUACCGUACACCAUCAACAAGUCAAAGAACAUUACUGGAAGCCAUCGUUUUAAUAUUUAUUUCUCUGGGCCUGGCUUGUGUACAUAUCCCGAGGGUGUGAGACAUGGGGGCUUCUGGGAGGAGUGUGAGCUAGAGAAGACUUGGGUUUGUGUGUGUGUCGUGUCAGCUUCUUGGUGGUGGAAGCUGGGGAGUCUGAGUUGCUUGGUUUUUGAGUUGAUUUGACCUUGUGUUGACGCCUUGUUUCCGUGAGGGUUUAGAUUGUGUUUGUGUGUCAAGGUCUUAGUGUUAGGAGAAGGUCAUUGCUCUUCUUCUUACCCAAGCUGUGAAGUCUUUAAGCUGCAAAGUCUGAAGUUCCUGAGUUUGAAGGUUAUUUAAUGGAAUGUUGAAAUGCGAUUGUUUCUGUGAGGGUUAUUGAUUGUGUUUGUGUGUCAAGGUCUUAGUGUUAGGAGAAGGUCAUUGCUCUUUUUUUUUACCUAAGCUGCAAAGUCUUAAGUUGCUGAGUUUGAAGGUAAUUUAAUGGAAUGUUGAGAUGGGAUUGUUUCUGUGAGGAUUUUAUAUUGUGUGUCAAGGUCAUAUGUUAGGGAGAGUGAAUCGCUCUUAUUUUAACCUUUCUAGAGUCUGAGUUGCUUGGUUUGGGAGAUUAUUGAACCCUAUGUCGAGGUGGGCUUGUGUUGGUAAGGGUUUUAGAUUGUGUACAUGAGUUUAGAAGCUGCAGGGGGUAGGGAAAGGGUAGUAACUGCUCUCAUUUUAGCCUGACCAGAGUCUUGAGUUGCUUGGUUUGGGAGAUUAUUGAACCCUACGUCGAGGUGGGCUUGUGUUGGUGAUGGUUUUAGAUUGUGUACAUGAGUUUAGAAGCUGCAGGGGGUAGGGAAAGGGUAGUAACUGCUCUCAUUCUAACCCUACCAGAGUCUGAGUUGCUUGGUUUGGGAGAUUAUUAAACCCUGUGUUGAGGUGGGCUUAAGUCUGUGAAGGUUAUAGAUUGUGUACAUGAGUUUAGAAGCUGCAGGGGGUAGGGAAAGGGUACUAACAGCUCUUAUUUUAACCUUACCAGAGGCUGCAUUGCUUGGUUUGGGAGAUUGUUAAACCCUGUGUCGAGGUGGGCUUGUGUUGAUAAAUGUCUGAGAUCGUGUACAUAAGUUAAUAAGCUGCAGGGGGUCGGAGAAGGGUACUAACUCCUUUUUCUUUGCCUCCCCAUUGCUGAAAAGUCUUGAAUUGCUUGGUUUAUGAAUUAACCUUGUGAUAAGUUAGGCUUGUCUGAGGUCUUGAAUGGUGGAAAUGUUAAGGUUUUGGUGGAAGGAAAUGGACAUGGCUGUUUCUUUUAAGCCUUGCCAGAGUUGGGGAGUCAAGUUGCCUAGUUUGGUGAGAUUAUUUAAGAUUACAUUGCGAUGGGUUAGUGUCCGAGAGAUUGUAAAAGUGUACAGAAAGGAUGGAAGGUAGAAAUGAAUGCAGGAUGGGACGGAGGGGAAAGGAGGAGGGAAGGGAAAUAUGGAUAAAGUGAAGGAAGGAAGAAGGGAUGGACGUAAGGGACAGAGAGGGAUAGAGAGUGAAGGAAGGAAGAAGGGAUAGACACAAGGGACAGAGAGAGAUAGAGUGAAGAAAGGAAGAGGGGACAGAGAGGGAGAACGAGCAUAUAAAGUGAAGGAAGGGAGAAGGGAUGGAUGGAAAGGACAGAGAGGGAUAGCGAGUGAAUAAAAGGAAGAAAAGAAGAAGAAUGGAUGGAGGUAAGGGGCAGAGAGAGAGAGAGAGAGAGAGAGAGAGAGAGAGAGAGAGAGAGAGAGAGAGAGAGAGAGAGAGUGUGUGUUUUUGUUGGUGGGAAAAGGAUGUUGCUCUUUUUAGCUUAUGAAUGGCUUAGUGUCAGGUGAAUGAAUAUUAGUCUGGUGAUGAAAAUUCCAGGUGUUUGUCCCUUAGUAGUUGUUGGGUGAUACUUUUAAUUUAUCUUUUCUUCCCAUACCUUCAGAUCUUCAUACCAUACCUUGCCAUAGCUUACCUUACCUUACCUUACCUUGCCUUACCUUACCUUCCCUACCAUCUCAUACUUUCCCUUCCCUUCCCUUACCUUCCUUUCCAUUUCCAUAGCUUCCCUUCCCUUCCCUUACCUUCCUAUACUUUCCCUUACCUUCCCCUACCUCACCAUACCUUCCCUUACCUUCCCUUACCUUCCUAUACUUUCCCUUCCCUUCCUUACCUUCCAUUCCCUUCCCUUACCUUACCUUACCUUAGCUUACCUUACCUUACCUUACUUUACCUUAUCUUCCUGUCUCUUCCUUUCCUUUCCUUUUCAUUCCAUUUCCUUCCCAUCCAUUCCCAUACCCUCCCCUCCCUUCCCUUCCCUUCCCUUCCCUUCCCAUACCUUCCCUUCCCUUCUCAUACCUUCCCUUCCCUUCUCUUCCCUAACCUUACCUUACCUUACUUUCCCAUCCCUUCCCAUACCUUCCCUUUCCUCCUUAAUACAGUAAUGUUGAGUGUACAAAUACCUACAUACUCAAAGUCCCUGUUUUUGUUGAUGGUUGCGUAUGUAUUUAUUUCGCCUAAAACAUGGUUGCCAGUUUUAAGGUAGUACAAGAAGAUUUUAAGUGUAAUAUAUAUAUAUCGAUUGUGUUUUAAUUAAGCUGUAUACUAAUAAGCUUCGGAUAGAGUUAAUUUUAACAUAGAAUGAGUUACAGGCUUUACCUUUGAAAUAAUUAUACUAACUUUCCCGAGAAACCGUAGAUGUGUUAGUGGCAUUGAGUCUAUAUAUAUACACACCUAACGAUUCCCUAAUUUAUUGUCUCCUCCGUCGCAGUGAGAAUUAGGCCAAGAUUUAGUUUUCCUCUAUGAUAUUUCACCUUUCCACUGAUAUUAUAGGUUUAAGACGCGCAUUGGUAUGGUUAUCGUGUUUCAAAAUGUGGUAUGUACUAAUUUGUGAAAGUCCUCCAGGAACCAUUUUAACGAGAUCGAAGGCAGAUCAAAACGAGACUAUGCAACCAACUUUUGUAUCGACGCGGAAGACCGUGAGCCUCGCUAGGUACUCAUAGACCCGUGUGUUGCUUGGCGGGCACCGAGAGUUUUCCGCUAAUGACGAGUGACUGUAUUUAUAUAUGUAUGUGAGGGUGACUGUUUCUGCUUGUAUUUAUAGGGACGGGAAGGCUUAUCGCUGUGUGUAUGUGUGUGUGUGUAUGUGUCCGCCUGUAUGUGUGUGUGUAUGUGUGUCAGCAGAAAGUAAUUUUUUGCUUGCUCAAGGCGUCUGGUGAGCUGUGGUUUGUGACGAGCGGAGGUUAUCGUGUUGUUGACGUGUUUUGUAACCCGAUCGAAUUCCUUUUUUUACAUUCCAAGCCAAAUCCGUGGUGUGCAUCGCCACUAUAAAAUUCCCCUUCUUAAUUUUCUAAUGUGGAAGAAAUGUGGAUUUAUAUCUAGAGGGAUGUAGUAGAGUUUUAUUUCGGUGGAGUUGUAUGGUGGAGUAUGAUAUGAUUUUGUGGGGAGUGAAAGUGAGUGUUGCUGUGUGCGCUUGUGUGUGGGUGUGUGGUGUGUCUGUGGUCCAUAUUAAUGCUUUGAAGUCUGCUUAGCAAGGCCUUAGUGUCCUCUAGGGGGUUCAGGAAGCGAUAACCUUUAGGCGGUAUUGAAAGAACUCCGAAUUACAUGUCAUUGGUCUCUUCCAGCGUACAUUUAGUCAAACGAACCCUGUAUAGUAAACCUCGUGAAAAAAAAAUGUGUACUCCAAUUAAAAGGUGUGUGGAAAAGUUCGUGUAAUCCAUUAAUUUGUGAACUCGUGUAAGGAAUUAUAAUUGGCUUUUUAGAGGCUUUGAGCUACUACUACUACUAAUAUACUGUUGUUGAAGGAUAGCCAGCCAGUGUUUGUGCUUGAUCAAUGUAGGCCUUACUGAAUGUAUCUAUGCAAUUUGAAGUUAAACCAGUGAUAAACAGAUGUGCAGAACCUUCAAGCUCAUUAUGUGUGUGUAUGGGUUUGUGUGUGUGUGUGCGAGAGAGAGAGAGAGAAAGAAAGAGAGAGAGUUCACCAUAGAUUGUCACUCCCAGCCAUGGCCAAAGAGGUGCCUUGAGGGGCCAUAGUAGCAUUAAAUAGCAUCUUAACUCUUCAUAUAUAGCCCCAUUCCACCUGCUAGCAUCUAUACACCUGCGAGGAAGUAGUCCCUUUGAUAACAGGUUCAUGAUCCUCUUUCUGUAGAGUCGUGGCUGGGAGUGGCAUUGGAACCCUUGUGUAUAGUGUUCAUGAUGGUGUUUGCACCUAUUGCUGCCACUCAAGUGUUAGUCAGUUUGUAGUCGGUGCUGGAAGAGGAGGAGGAGUGAGGUGAGAGCUGUCCAGGUGUAUGUGUCCACUUUUUUUAUUGUUCCACCUAAAUAAUAAUAAAAUACUCGUAGUGUAAAAGUGCGCUG